UGUAUUUUGAGUGGAUUGUAUUUGUCUUGUAUGCUUGGAAUGUUGACCUGUACUGUGAUGUCAUACUUUCAUGAACUUUUAUAGGGUAAAUUGCAAAAUAGCCCAUGAAAUUAUGUCAUACUUCCGUAGAAAUCAAGCAACUUGCUUAUGUGUUAAUUUAUGACCCAACUGAUUAGCCUACAAGAUGAAUUUUGAUUCAUUAGCAAAUAUGCCUUUUCUUCCCAUCUCGCUUGUCUCUGCUCCCCUCAGAUCAAACGUCUUCACCUUGAAAUAUUUGAGCGUGUUUGAUAAGAUAACCAUCUGAUCAUACGCUGUGAGCAACUGGGCAAUUAAAUUGGCAAAGUUUGAAUCUUUUGACUUUCAACGAUCUUCAGUUUGAUUAGUCCCCCUUCUUCAGGUGAAACAAAUGCUGACGAGAACGUUUCUCCCUACACAUCUUCUUGUUUCAAGGUGUUUCUCGUCAGUUACUUCAAAGACACUAGUUAAAGUGGGAGAUGUGUUUAGAGAAACAAGAGUAUUCUCAAGUGAAGAUGUUAAGGCCUAUGCUGAGGUGAGCCAUGACUGCAACCCUCUCCAUUUCGAUCCAGAAUCUGCCCGUAAAGCCGGAUUCGAGAAUCGCCUUGUCCACGGGAUGCUUGUUUCUUCCAUGUUUCCUCGUAUCAUCUCUGCCCAUUUCCCUGGAGCAGUAUAUGUAUCUCAAAGUCUGCAUUUUCGGUCACCGGUUUACGUAGGGGAUGAAAUUCUCGGACUGGUUCAAGCCACAGCUUUAAGAGAAACCAAAAAUAAGUACAUUGUCAAAUUCUCAACUAAAUGCUUCAAGAACCACAAAGAACUUGUUGUUCUCGACGGUGAAGCUACUGCAAUAUUACCAACUCUUGAAAUGUUGCAGCCAAGUUCUUCGGAGUAGCAGCAAAUUGUUCUGAAGAAAGGUGAUGUGGAUGAGUACGAGAUUAGGAUUGUGAUUGGUGCUGAUGGUCCUAGAAGUCCAAAGGAUGGAUCUUCU